AUCACCAUCAGAAACCAUAGAUUUGAUUCUCUCAUUGGCUCCCUGAGUUCGUACUCUAUAUAUCAUAUAUUAUUUAUAUGUGUAUAUCUAUACCCCUUCUCCCUCAAAAAAACACCCUUGAAUUUGAACAACAACGGCGAUGACGAUGAGCUCCACAUCAGCUGACUGUAUUACAAUCCUUGUCAAGGAUCAGCACGACCAUAAGCUUUUUUACAAGAUUCACAAAGGUAAACCCGUAAAGAAGGUUUUGAUGGAUUUUUGCAAGCGAACAAAUGUCGAUUUUAGAAGCGCCUACUUUCUUCUCAACGGGUCUCGGUUUGAUACCAAUCUUACCAUUAAUCAGCUUGACAUGGAAAGCGAAGAUGAAAUUGAAGUCAUGUCCCCUAUGUUAGGAGGUGGAUGUUGAUAUUUGCCAUUCUAGCCAUACAAGAUCAAGUGAGAAGGAUCAUGUAGUUACUUUAAGUUAUAUAUCCAGUAAUGGGUUAAUUUCCUAAGUAUUAGCAUAGUGAGUUGGUUUUAUUUCAAGUCUUACUUUCCUUUUGUUUAGUAUGCCUAUAAAAGGCUAGGUUAUUUCCAGAAUGGUUAUGAAUGAAAGAAAUGAAUUAGUCCUAUUAAU